AUGACAGAAUGUGGUUCAAACAAGCUCAGAAAUAACUCUAUACCUUCUGCAUUCAGAUCUACAAGUGACUCUGCUGUACAGUUCUGCAUGAUUUGCCUGGACACCGCAGGUAAACUGUGUCCAUUCAACGAGUAUUUAACAAAUGCUUAUAGUGAUGUAACUGGACUAUCGAAAAGCCUCAGAGAAAUUAACAGUGCACCAAAACUCUGCACGGAAUGCGCUCAAAGAUUGACAAAUUGUUACAAAUUUAAAGACAAGAGCUUGAGUGCCCAUAAUUUAUUACUGCAAUUAUAUAAAGAGCAUGGAACGUUAACUAUAGAAAACAUAAAGACUAUAAACAGAGUGGAAUAUCAACUAACAUCUAAUAUAGUUAAACACGCAAUUAAACCUGAUCAUUGUGAUCUUUAUAUUAAAGACUUGGAUGAAGACAAAAAUAUACAAGAGGAAACCAUUUGUAACACUGUACAAUAUACAGAAGUGAAAAUUGAACCAAGUGAGGAUAUAGUUCUAGAUACCAAAGUGAAAGAAGAAGCUUUCGUUUUCGAUAUUGAUAAUGAAGCGUAUUCUUAUAAUGUGCAAGUUAGAAAUAAUGAUCUCAGGCGCAUUGAUGUUAAAUGUUUGGAUGAUGAUAUUGAGAAUGACCUUGAUCAUGAUAUGGAUUCUCUAAACGACUAUGAUAGCUGUGUGAAAUAUUUAAACGAAAACAGUAAAGUACAGGAUACAGAAAAGAUUAAAAUCGUAACAGUUAUUCACAAAAACAGUGAAUCAACGCCAAACAAAAAUGUUUUAAACAACAAAAGUUCAAUUAAUCUGACUAAUACCAAAUUUAUAAAAGAUACAAAACCUAAAAUUAGAAAUAAACGAAAAAAAGUUUCAUCCGCAAAAGAUAGGAAAAAGACAACUAAAUCAGAUAAAAAACUAUGUUCUAAGGAUAAAGUUAGUGUAGCAGUUAAAAAAAAUAAACUGAAACUUGUCAAAUCAAAUGAAAAACUCGUUCCUGAUGAUGUAAAAAAUGUUAUAAAACGUAGAACAAGGGUUGCUAAAUUAGAUAAAUUAAGUAAUCCCAACGAUGCGAAUAAUAAAGAUUGUGUUAAACCUAAAACACAAGAUUGCAGUGAUUUAAAACUGUUCACAGUAACAGUUUUAACUUAUGUGGAACAAUUAGCUGAGGUGCAGAGAAGAAAAGACACAGAUGGGUACAUAAGGGCACCUUACAAAUGUACUAUUUGUCAUAAAGGCUACUGGUAUACAGUACCUUAUAACCGACAUAUGGAGAAACAUACUGAUAAAUACGGACAGCUAGAAUGUGAUAUAUGCGGGUUUCAUAUGAAAACUCGCACGCACCUCCGCAAGCAUAUAAAGAGUUAUCACGACGUCAGAUUCAACUGCAAGAGUUGUCUUUUUGUCUCGAAUGAUAGAUCGCAAGCCUUAGCUCACGAACAAUGGCACAAUGGGAAAAAGUACAGGUGCCCACAUUGUGAAGUGGAAUUUGCAAAGCGAUCGUCGUAUCUAUCCCACCUGCGUAUAAAGCACCCGUCCGACUGCGUGUGCGCACUCUGCGGGUACUCGUUCGUCAGCGAGAAGGGCCUGCAAUGUCACAUGAACAUGACGCACCGCUUCGACGAAAUACAGAACCCAUCCGGUCCGCUAUGCGAGGAGUGCGACAUCCGCUUCGCGUCUGUCACCGCGUACGAACAGCAUAUGAAGGUGUCGCCAAAACACGCUCCUGCAAACACGCUUAAACGCAACGAACCUCAACACCGCCUUUCGGAUCCGAACAGAAACCCUAAGAAAGAUGGCGACGGUGAGAAUGGCGGGGCGAUACUAUGCGAGCUCUGCGGGAAAUCCUUCAGGUGGCCGGCCCAGCUCCUACAGCACUCGCAGGUCCACACGGGAGAGAAGCUGUUUAGAUGCAAUAUCUGCGGCAAGCGGUUCAUGCACAAGCUAACCCUGGCAUUGCACGCCAGGUCGCACGCCGAACACCCGGUGCGCUACGACUGCGGGGUGUGCGGAAAGAGCUUCACACACUACUCGAACCGACAUCGGCACAUGUUGUCCCACCGAGAAGCAAGGCCGUACUACAAGUGCGAUAUCUGUGACAAGAACUUCACGACUGCCCAGGGCCGUAACGCCCACGUGUCCCACGUGCACAGCAACGUGCCGCGGCCCAAAAGGGUCCACAGUUCGAGGCCCAGGGCCCCAGGGACGGCUAACGUGAGCCGAGUUGCUGACACAAGUGAUUCGCAGGACUCGUGAGACACUACGAGAUACCGGCGAAGACGUCGAGCGGUUCAGCGUACUGGUACGAUCAGUGGCGUGCACGAGGUUUCAGACCAGCAUAAUUCGGAAACAUAGCAGAAAGUGAAAAACUCCUCCUUCAAGAGUGCUAUAAUUGUAUUUGGGUAGGCAGUGUAGUUUAUUUAUUUAUUUAUUGUUAUUAGGUACACAAAACAGUUAAUAAC